AUGAAAUACUCCACUCGUCUGAGAGCGCGUAGAUUGUGUGAGUGGAGCGGAAAACCAGUGGCCUUCGACCGCAAACUGAAGACCCAUCAGUACGGAGGUCUGUCGAUCCGAGUGGAGGGCCUCCCCCGAGUCACUCAUGUCUCUGUGGGUCAGCACAUCCUCAUCGAAGGAGACGAUGAAGACCAUCCAUAUGUGGCCAAAGUGCUGCAGCUGCUGGAAAGCUCAGGGGAAAAGAAAGCCUUGGUCCAGUGGUUCGUCCGCGUCUUUGAGAUCCCUCUGAACAAACGGAAACUUCUGGGACGAGAGCCGCAUCCGAACGAAGUCUUUCACUAUGAAGGAGCCAACUGUGACAACGAAGUGAGCGCGGAGAGCAUCCUGCGGACAGUCACGGUGGUGCAUGUGGAAGGCUCCGCCCCUUUCCCCGCCUCCUCAGACUCGGACACGUUCUUUGUGAAGCUGUCGUGGGAUUCUCGCAGGUUCAGUGUGUGGUCAGAGUGUGAGGCGCGGGCUCCCUCUCCCCUAGCCGCUUCCCUGCCCUCUGGCCCCUCCCCCUCCUCUCCAGGCCACGCCCCCUCAUCUCCAGGCCCCUCCUCCUCGCUCCGCCGCACGCCACGCUGUCGUCCCACCCCGGACUUCAAUGUGAUGAAGAGGGCGUCAUCGUCCUCCUACGCUGAGGAGACGCGACUGGCCCAGGAGGCGGAGUCUCUGCACUCAGCCUCAAAGGCCUCGGCCUCGAAGAGUCUCAGCGCCAAGAGACGGAAGUGUUCAGUGAAGACUCCGGGAGUGAGGAAGAGGCUGCAGCUGUUUGACGACAGUCCUCUGGACUCAGACCUGGACCUGCUCUUGGCUGAGGACUUGAAAACCGUAGAAAUCCAGACUCUGUCCCCACAAAAGCCCCGGAUCUCACUGACGCCACUCCGCAGAUCUGCUUCAUACUCACAGAGUGAAGAGGAGGACCGCCCCUCAGACAGAGCAAUGACUCCGUCCAGGAAACGAGAGGCAAAAAGUCUGAAGGGGCCCAUGCUCGGAGUGCUAGCCGAGGUGGACCACGAGAACUCUCCUCUGGACCGAGUCACUCCUCGCAGCUCCAAGAGGAAGUCUGCCCAAGUGGUGUCCAAACGCAUCCAGAGACAGCUGUCCAUGCUGAGUGGGCGUCUGGACAUGGACACAGACUCUGAGGAGGAGUUUGUUCCUUCUAAACAGGAUCAGAGCAGCAGCAGUGAGGAGGAGGAGGAGGAGGAGGAGGACGAGGAGGAGGUGGGGAAGAGGAGGCCCAGAGGAGCUGCCAGAACUCCCCGAAAAACCCCUCAGAAAACACCAAGGAAAACCCCACGAAAGAUCAGCCUCGGCUCACCCAGAACCCCUCGCCAGUACACACCCAGUAUCCCCUCCCGCUGUGAGCCGGCCAGAAGACCAGGGACCAACCUGGAGGAGGCCAGGGCCAGGCUGCAUGUGUCCUCUGUCCCUGAGUCUCUUCCGUGUCGAGAGCAGGAGUUCCAGGACAUCUACAGCUUUGUGGAGAGCAAGAUCCUGGACGGGACCGGAGGCUGCAUGUACAUCUCGGGAGUCCCUGGUACCGGUAAAACGGCCACGGUGCAGGAGGUGGUCAGAUGUCUCCAAACAUCUUCAGAGAACGGAGAAAUCCCCUCGUUUACGUUUCUGGAGAUCAACGGCAUGAAGAUGACCGACCCUCACCAGGCCUACGUCCAGAUCCUACAGAAGCUCACCGGUCAGAAAGCCACUCCUGACCACGCUGCGUCCCUAUUGGAGAAGAGGUUCAGUAGUCCCGCCCCCAGGAAGGAGACCACGGUCCUAUUGGUUGACGAGCUGGACCUCCUCUGGACCCGUAAACAGAAUGUCAUGUAUAACUUGUUUGAUUGGCCGACGCGGCGCCACGCUCGCCUCGUGGUUCUAACCAUUGCCAACACCAUGGACCUGCCCGAGCGCAUCAUGAUCAACAGAGUGGCCUCCAGACUGGGAUUGACCCGGAUGUCCUUCCAGCCGUACUCCUUCAAACAGCUGCAGCAGAUCAUCAGCUCCAGACUCAACCGGAUCAAAGCCUUCGAGGAGGACGCCCUGCAGCUGGUGUCCAGGAAGGUCGCUGCUCUCUCCGGAGACGCUCGUCGCUGUCUGGACAUUUGUCGGCGCUCCACAGAGAUCUGCGAGCACAGUGUGGGCGGAGCCAAAGAAGGCGGGGCCAGAGCACGAUUGGUGGAGAUCGGUCACGUGAUGGAGGCGCUGAGCGAGAUGUUCUCCUCUGCGUACGUCUCUGCCAUAAAGAGUGCGUCGGUCCAGGAGCAGAUCUUCCUCAGAGCCGUGAUCGCAGAGUUCAGACGACUGGGUCUGGAGGAGGCCACUUUCCAGCAGGUCUAUGUCCAGCAGGUGGCGCUCUGUCGGGUGGAGGGAGUGGCCCCUGUGUGUGUCUCCGAGGGCCUCUCGGUGUGUGGGCGUCUGGGGGCCCUCAGGCUCCUGCUGCUGGAGCAGAGCCACAACGACCUCCUGCUGAGGAUCAGGCUGAACGUGAGCCAGGACGACGUGCUGUUCGCCCUCAAAGCAGAAUGA